GAAUGACAAUUCAUCAGGCUGCUCAACAUGGAAAUUUGCAUAUAGCAAAAAAUUUGAUCGAAAAUGGGCGAGUUAAGGCAACAGACCGAGACGCGCAGAAUGUUACCCCUUUACAUUGGGCGGCUAUCAAUAAUCAUGUAGUAAUGGCGAGAUAUUUGAUUGAUAAUGGAGCUGAAGUAGAUGCUCGUGGUGGUGAACUGGACGCAACUCCGUUGCAUUGGGCAGCAAGGAGUGGCCAUCUCCCUGUCGUAACCCUUUUAGUUAACCACGGAGCGGAUCCUAGUAUUCGAGAUUCUCAAGGAUUUAAUGGGCUUCAUAUUGCUACACAUUCUUCUAACACUAUGCUAGUAUUAUAUCUCGUAUAUCAUGAUAUGGACAUUGAUACUCCAGAUGUUGUACAACAUACACCUUUAAUGUGGGCUGCUUAUCAAGCAGACCCACAAACUGUAGAGUUAUUAAUUAACUUGGGUGCAUCAGUAUCCAAAACUGAUAAUGCGCAAUUUACUCCCUUGCAUUGGGCAAUGAUUAAAGGAAACCCAUUAUGUUUAAGAAGGUUAAUAGAGGCUGGUGCGGAUAUAAAUGCAAAAGAGGAGAAUGGGAAAACUCCUUCGGAUAUUGCACGAGAGAUGAAAGCUAAUAGGGUAUGGGAAAGGGCGUUACACGAAUCAGGGAUAAGAGGAGAUGGGAAGAUGAGAGCUUAUAUUUUUGGAAAG